GGCUAUCUUCACAAGCUAUCCCAGUGUGACCGGAUUAUACAAGUGGUCCAAAACUUAACUGAUAGCCAAGAAAUAAUAGCAAGACUCAACUUUUAGGUCAGCAUGCGCACUAGCAAAUGGAAAAUGCAGCGUCUGAGCCUACAGCUCCUCAUGCCCUUAGGGACAGUGAUGUGGUAGCUGGUCUUCAUUUCCAAAGAGACUGCAGCAAGCCAACUAGGACUCAAAACGGCUGUUAAAGUGAUUGUCCAUAUCAGGAAUUGAAGAUGAGGAGCCCAGCAGGCUUCCUCCUUUGCUCGCUGCUGCUGGUGGCCCCCCAUUGCACAGAAGUGGCCACCCAGGAGCCCCAGCCUGACCCUAAGAUGCCAUGUGCCAACUGGAUGGGAGGAGCACCUGGCUACCCUGGCCACAACGGGCUUCCUGGCAGGGAUGGGAGAGACGGAAAUGAUGGACCAAAGGGAGAGAAAGGAGAACAAGGUAUGCAAGGCCCUAAAGGCGACCAAGGUGCUGUAGGAAUCCCAGGGCCGAGAGGAUUUCCUGGAACCCCAGGGAUGAUGGGACAGAAGGGCGAAGGUGCCUUCAUCUACCGCUCUGCCUUCAGCGUGGGCCUGAAGGAACGAGCCCCACACCCCAACGUCCCCAUCCGCUUCACCAAGAUCUACUACAAUGAGCAGAACCACUACGAUGCCAGCACCGGCAAGUUCCUCUGCAGCAUCCCGGGCACCUACUUCUUCGCCUACCACCUGACUGUCUACCUGACAGAUGUCAAGGUCAGCCUGUACAAGAAGGACAAGGCAGUGAUCUUCACCUACGACCAGUUCCAACAGAACAACGUUGACCAAGCCAGCGGCUCUGUCUUGCUGCACCUUAGCAGUGGGGACGAGGUCUGGCUUCAGGUGUAUGGGGAGGGGGAAAACAAUGGUGUCUACGCUGACAACAUCAAUGAUUCCACUUUCAUGGGCUUCCUCCUGUAUCCAGACCUGAGUGUCCAUUAAAGCAGGGUUGCUGCAUGGGAAAGGUUGAGGUGGCUUAAGCCCUGUCCUGGGGCACUGGCACUAUAGCUAUACUGUAUUUACCAGAAAAUUGCCUUUUGUGGGGGCAACAAUUGCCAAGGGUGGACCCUCUCUGCUGUGAGAUCAGUGAGGUUAUACAUGAGUGACUUCCAGGGGACCAAGAGUUCACCCCUACCUCUGCUCUUGCUGUCCCUGUGGAAACCUAGGCCCAAAGUCAAAUACCACUCCUGCCACACCAUGAAAGAGUAACUCUCAAGAUGCCUUAACCAUUUUUUAAAUAUAAAAAUGAUAAAAGAAAAAUUGGUUACAUUUAAAUAUCAUAUUCUAAAUUUCCCUUUUUAAACCACCUAAGUCCAUUUAAACCAAUGAUAUACAUUUUAGCCAGCAUUUUAAAAUUUGAGUAGAAGAGGGAGAAGACUAUUCACAAAAGCCAUCUCUGCUCUUGUUUUCAACUGGAACAGAUAGCUCCAUUUUUUCCAUUUUAACUCCCUGCCUUUCUAGGGCCUUUGAAUUCCACCUAUGGUUUGUUGUCUCCAAUAUUUAGCCCAGAUCUUUGAAUAUAUUCCAAUUACUGACUUUCAUUUAUUUUAUUACUUUGAUUUUCCUUUUAUGUUUAUCCCCUAUCAUUAUCUCUAAUGUAGGGCAGUAUGCUUAGUUAGGGCAGGGAUCUUCUCUCUUGAUUUAUCUGAAAAGCAUUAUGAAUGCCAGUGAAAUCAAACAACAAAAGCAGCCCAUUGACUGUGUGGCUUUGGGGGUCCCAACAGGAUCACAGAUGAGUUGGCUGCACAGCUGUGAUGCUCAGAAAUGCCAGCAGCUCCCCUGCAAACACUGUGCCUGACUAGGCAGCGUCAAGGCUCCUGGGCAGGUGGAUGUAUCCCUUCCUAUAUCACUCACCUGGUGUUGGAGGUGAUAGUACAAGUCCUUGUUCAGCCCAGAGGCUGACAGCAUGGGGCACACUAGCAGCAUCUUACAGUUUCCAUCUGCAAGCUGGCAGGAUCCUCUCCCAUCUCCCCUCUGAAUGGCUCCCAAGUGCACUUAGAAGUUGAGAUCCAGCAACUGUCUUUCUACUCUUCACACACUCUAAAUGUGUGCCAUAAGUGAUGGUUUGCACGCCAGCUGGGCAGAGCUUCAGGUAGUGGUGGGAUCUCCUGUGCUGAAUGGGCUCGUGGGAUGAAAACCUCCAGGAUCUGCCCCAGCUCUCAAAGUUACCUUCAUGGUAACUUUGGUACCUUAUUAAUGCUGGGAUUAGUAACAAUCUCAUCAAACUGCUCUUCAAGGAGCUCGCUUGACUUGUAGCUAAAAGAGGAUUUGAUGGUUUCUCAGAUACAUUCAAAGAAGACUGCCAUUAAGCUUCAGAACAAGCUAACACAGAUCAAAGCUAAUGUGUUAUUACAAGCACAAAUCAGCAUUAAGAGCUUCAACUGAAGUAACUUCCAACAGCAGCAUUUUCUACACUCCAGCAAAUUAUCACAUUACAAAUACUAUCAACAAUAAAAAUCUCUCUCAAUGAGAA